AUGUGGGAGGAGGGUGGAUUCAGGAGCCACGAAGGAGGGGCCUUGAGGGGCUCGAAGGCCAAGGUGCUCAUCGAGGAGGAAGAAGAGGGCAUGUCAGAGAAGCACCGGGGCCUUGCUGGCCAUCGUGAGGGCUCAGCUCUCACUGAGUGCCUCUGGGAACUGGACACGGGCGUGGUGGACACAGGGACUCCCGGGACACGGCGGCGGGAGCAAAAGCAGCUCGGGAGGAGGUGGGAGCCGGGAGGGGUGCGGGAUGUGGGAGCCCCGGCUCUGGACAGCAAGUCCCGUCCCAGCCGCUGGAGAGGCCCCAGAAGCGGGGCCGCACGCUUCCCUGCUGUCCUCAAAGCUGCGCUCGGCACUCCGCGUCCCCUGCCGGACGGCACCCUCCCAGGCGAGUUCUGGUGUUGUGGCCGCUGGGGUCCCUUCCUGCUGUCCGCGUGCAAGGCCCUUGCUGGUGGGCCGUGUGGAAGGCGCAGGCACACGCCUGCCCGAGGACGGUCCCCGGACGCGGUGGGAGCGCUCACCGUGCAAGCCGGCCCCACGGCGCCCGCUGCCUCCGACCCGCCCGCGCCCCGUGCAGCAGGCUCUGUUCCUGUGGCAGAUGAGGGGACUGGGCACCGAGAGCUGGGGGGCCACACGCAGCUGCUGUCAGGGCUGGGCUGCCCCAGGGACUCCGCCGAUGCUUUGGGAACCAUCACUGCAGUGCCUGUCACGGGUCCUCAGGUCAGCUCCUUGCAGAGGUUGGCCGGACAAGGAGCGGCCGUGCUACCUCAGGUUAGGCCAAAGACUCUGAUUCCAGACAGCCUCCCCGUCACCCCAGGCCGGGACCGGCCACCCAAGCAGCCCCCCACGUUCCAGAAGGCCACCGUGGUCAGCGUCAAGAACCCCAGCCCGGCCCUCCCCACCGCCAACAACACCGUGAGCCAUGUGCCGACGCCCAGCAGCCAGCCCCAGGCCCUCGCCGAGUCCUCGGCCAUCACCUCCCCGCUGAGCGGCGCCGGGGUGGCCUACGCCAUCAUCUCCACCGCCCCCAGCAAUGCCACCGCCAUCGCCCCCAGCACCGCCGUGUCUGUGGUCAGCGACAGCGUCGUGGUCCAGCCCCUCCUCAUCAGUGCCGACAAGAAGGUCAUCAUCAUCCAGCCUCAAGCGCAGACGCAGCCCGAGAGCACGGCGGAGCCGCGGCCGCCCACGGAGGAGCCAUCUCAGGGAGCUCAGGCCACCAAAAAGAAGAAGGAAGACCGGCCCCCGAGCCAGGAGAACCCCGAGAAAAUCGCCUUCAUGGUAGCUCUUGGCCUGGUCACAACGGAGCACUUAGAAGAAAUCCAGAGCAAGCGCCAAGAGCGGAAGAGAAGAAGCACAGCCAAUCCCGCCUACAGCGGCCUCCUGGAGACCGAGAGGAAACGGCUGGCAUCCAACUAUCUCAACACCCCCCUGUUCCUCACAGCAAGAGCCAAUGAGGACCCCUGCUGGAAGAAUGAGAUCACCCACGAUGAGCACUGUGCCGCCUGCAAGCGAGGGGCCAAUCUGCAGCCCUGCGGCACCUGCCCGGGGGCCUACCACCUCAGCUGCCUGGACCCGCCCCUCAAGACCGCGCCCAAGGGCGUGUGGGUGUGUCCCAAGUGCCAGCAGAAGGCCUUAAAGAAAGACGGUGGCGUGCCCUGGUCCGGGAUGCUGGCCAUUGUGCACUCCUACGUCACCCACAAGACAGUCAAGGUAGAGGAGAAGCAGAAGCUGCUACAGAGAGGCAGCGAGCUACAGAGCGAGCUCCGGCAGCUGGAGGAGUGUGACCGGCGCCUGGCCUCGGCAGUGAAGAAAUGCCUAGAGCUUAAGACGAGCCUGCUGGCCCGGCAGAGGGGCACCCAGACAUCCCUGGACCGCCUGCGGGCCCUCCUGAGACUGAUACAGGGCGAGCAGGUGCUGCAAGUUGCCAUGACGACCACCGGCCCCGCCCCGCUGCUGGCCGGGCCCUGGACCAAGCCCUCGGCAGCAGCCAUGCACCCCGCCCUCCAGCAGCCCCAGGGGCACAACUGACCCCGAGGGACCGGCUUCACACCCACGGAAGGUUCCUGGGACCCCCGCUCACCAGACCUGAGGGUUCUGUCCGCCUUAAUUCAUAAACACUAUGAAUUUCAGACGAAACUAAAACCAGACCGAGAGAGAGAGAGAGAGACGGAGGAAAGAAGGGGAGAAGGAACCGGGACGGGUUGGGAUGCAGUCCUACCCUCCACGUGCGGACGGGACCCCAGGAGGCCAGGUGGGCGCGAGACGGCCGGGCGCACAGUCGGUCCCCCGGCCGUUGGGGGGCUGGCCCGGGCCCCUGGCUUCCAGGCACAGCUGUCUCCCCGGCCUCGUGCUGCCCCCGGGGGAGAGAAGGGCAGAGAGAGGUUGGGAGGGGAGCCGGGGACCUAGCUGAGUAGUAGGGGUAGUUGGGACGAGCAGUGGGUAGCGAAUCUAGGUAGGGGCUCAGGGCUCGAGGCCGCAGGGCUCCAGCGCCUUCUGGAUCGCGGGCCCUUGUCAGUCAGUAUUAUUAGCAUAUUAAGAGUCACAGCUGUUGAACUUGAAAGAAACUACACUGUGGGUCCCUCCAGGGACGCUGCGGUACCCACCUGCCAGGGUCCCCGCGUGCCCCCGAGGCUCCUGCCCUUAGCUGACCGUUUGGACUCCUUUUGCCACCGAUGUGUUUUUCUCGUGGAGUUUUCUGGGCAAGAUGGGGCUGCAGACACGCAGGGGAGGCACGUGGCAGGUUUUCUGCUUGGGGUUGAACCCUUCAACUUACGACCGAAGCCUUUUCCGUUCUCCCCUCGAAGAGCCGAUCAAGUGUUCCACUCCUCUUUUCUUGCCAGUACAGACACUAUGCCAAAAAAUAACUUUACAUUUUUGUAUGGCGUUUUUAUUGUAAGCUAUUUAAUGUGAAGGGGGGGGGAUGCUUGCUGACUUCUCUUCCCGCUUACGGUAGUCUCAGCUGCAAGGUACGAAUGCAAAAGCCCUUCCUCGGGGGACUCCCAACCU